AACGGAGAAUUGAGCAGCUCGAGCAUGAUGUGUCCAGCCUCACAAGAGGUUUCACGUGUUGCUUGCCGCCACACAGUCCCUGCCAGCCUCUUCCCGAUCUGUCUCUUGGCUGUCAUGUGACUUUCUCUUAACUCCAAUGAAACAGGGUUUCUCCCCACACCUAGCUACUCGAGAGAUGCUCGACUUGAUCACUCGUUAGGACUCACACAUGUGGGUAGCGACGAAGAUAUCUUUGACGUGUGUUGUGGGAGGAAAGUUACCACGUUAAGGUAUACGAGACUGUAAUACUCUUCUGACAGUAAAGUCUUUCAACUUUGCACCACAUGUGAAAGAAAAAUAACCUGUAGUUGAGGAAAGAACAUUUAGGAUUACACAGCUACAGUCUUGUUUGGUUUGUUCGAGAUUAAAGAACUAAGCCUUAUCGGCGCCAGCACGGGAAUCUAGUUUCUCAGGAGAUUUUGGUUCCCCAGAGUUGAAAGUCAUUGAUGGUGCUACGGGAUGGGUGCCGAAAUACCUGUGUGGGUAGGAGGCUUUCAGAAAUGGGUAACCGGAGUUACUAAGUCAACUACGUGUGAAGACAUUGUUCAAGCUGUUCUAUCUUCCAGCCCAAGAAGCAAGGAGCAGAAAGGAGAGAAAGAUCACAAGAGUUAUACAAUUGUUGAAAGAUGGCGGAAAGUGGAACGGCCUUUGGAAGGAAAGUCUCGAAUUCUGAAAGUGUGGAAGACGUGGGGAGAAGAACAAUGUAAUGUGAGGUUUUUGCUUAAACGGGUUCAUCCACACACAUAUAAGGAUCUCAGAACAACCAGGAGGAAAACCGGAAAAGUCAUAGCGAACAACAGUCGUUAUAAAACGCUAUAUUCUAAAAGAACUAAAUCAGGAGAUAAUACAGUGUGUAAGUCGGAUUAUGUAGAUAGAAUCAAGAAAAUUGUAAUGUCUCAAGAAGAGAAGAUCAGGAGCCAGCAUCAGGAGUUGCAAGAUAAAGAUGAUGAGAUUGAGUACUACGAAACAAAAAUACACAUAGUUAGAAUGGAAGAAAGAGGUGUCAAUUAUCUUAUAGAUACUUAUCUGGGAGAGACGAGUGAAGAAGAAAGUGGAAGCCAGGCUUCAGUAGGAGGAAUUGAACAAACAGCGCAUUUAUACGAGAAGGUUCUUUCUUUAUGUGAAAGAAUCGACAAGGAAGAAGAAAACAUCAAGGACCUCUCAUCCAGGAUCAGGCUUUCUGUUGCUCUCGGAGAGGAGAACGAUGAGGAAGAAAAUAAAUUAAACGAUGAUAAAAAGAGGCUUCCUUUACCCGAUGUUACUUCUUGUAGUAAUACAAAACUGUCGGAUGACUUGCUAGGUAUCCAAAAUGAGAUUACAAGACUCGUCACUGUUAACGAUACCCAGAGGACUACGAUCAAACAGAAUGAGGACACGAUCAGAGAGUACGGUCAGAUUAUUAACGAAAAGUAUUUACAUUUACAUCAACUUCAGCUAGAUUUAGAACGUGAAGAAAGGGAAACAAAAAUACUUCAAGAAGAACUGUCUAUAAUUCAAAAUAGUCAUGUAGAUUCACAACCAACUUGUGCUACCACUUCCUCUGAGGUCCCUGAAAUCGGAGACUCGAACUCUGAUACGGGACUUAGUUCUCUACACAGUGGAAGUGACGAUGGUGCUUGCGUACUGGAUACAUUAGUAUGA